AUGUUAAGUGCUUUAAAGAGCGGCAUUCGAUUCUCCAGUAACUCAACAGAGAAGCUUAUACAAAAGGUCAUUGCCGAGAGACCAGAUGGACUUCUUGCUGAACAUGAAGUUCUUUCAAUCAUCGGCGAUCUUGGCUUUUCAAUUGCCCCACAUUGCUAUGCAACAAAGACAAUGUCACCAGAAGAGGUUGUCAAAAAUAUCAAUGCUAAGACAGUUGUUGCAAAGGGUGUUGUUAGAUACCGCAAGGAUGGUCUUCUUGUUACACAUAAGACAGACAUCGGCGGUCUCCAGUUCAACAUUCCAAAUACACCAGAAGGAAUCGCUAAGGCUAUGAAGGUAUUCGACGAACGCUUCAACAAGAACUCUCCAUACGAGCUCGAAGGCACAUUAUUCGUUGAACAAAUGAAGAUGUCAGGCGAUUUCGGAACAGAACUCCUCGUUUCCGGCUACCAGGAUCCAUUCUUCGGCCCACUCGUCUGCUACGGAUUCGGUGGCACAACAGUUGAGUAUCUCAAAUCUGUCAUGCAACCAGACCACGCCCAAAUCUUUGUCCCAUCCUUAUUCACAGGCACCAACUACGGCCGCAUCAUCGAGAAUCUCCCAGCAUCAAAGCUCGCAACAGGCCGUGUCCGUGGCACAAAGAAGCAUCUUGACCAGGCCAUUGUUGAGCCACUUCUCAAGAACGUCCAAGGCCUCAUCUCAAAGUACUCUCAGUACAACAGAGAUGCUAAGUAUAUCAUCGAUGAACUCGAAGUCAACCCAACAGUUGCAGUCCAGGGCAAGAUGUGGGCUCUCGAUGGUGUUAUGCGUGUCAGCCCACGCGGAACCCUUCCAUACUACGAUGCACAGUGCUCCGGAAAACCACUUGAUCGCAUCGAGUGCCUUACAAAUCCGAAAUCCAUCGUCGUUGCAGGCGCUUCAACAACAAACCCACUCAAUCCAGGUACAGUUAUUCUCAAGAACGCCAAGGACUACGGUGUCAAAGAUUGCUACGUUCUCCAUCCAAAGGCCAAGGAACUUUGCGGUGUUCCAGCAUUCAAGAACCUCGCAGCUCUCAACAAAGCCCGCAACGGAGAGAAGAUCGACCUUCUUUCCAUCUGCAUUCCAGCACAAGGCGCCGGCAAACUCGUUUCAGACGCAUUUGACAUCAACAACGUCAAGUCAAUCCAAGUUAUCUCAGGCGGCUUCGGCGAAACAGAGCACGGCUCCAAGAUGCAGAACGAAUUACACGAGAAACUCCUCAAGAUGUCAAACGACAGACCAGUUGUCAACGGACCAAAUACAGUCGGCAACCUCAAGGAAGGUGGCAUCAAUACUGUCUUUGUUCCACGUAACAGGUCUUCAUCUGAUGGCGUCUCCGGUGCACGCAACUGCGCAUUCCUCUGCCAGUCAGGUGCCUACAUGAUCUCUCGUAUUUCAGACUGCUCACCAUCCGUCUUACCAAAGAUCGCCAUUUCUGUCGGCAACCAGCUCGAUCUUUCCGUCACAGACUUCCUCGAGCACUACGUCGACCUUCCAGACAUCACAACAUUCGGUCUCUACAUCGAAGGCCUCGGCGACGGCCAGGGCAUCAGUCUCAUGAACGUCGUCAAGCACGCGAACGACAUCGGAAAGACCGUUGUCAUCUACAAGGCCGGCCGUUCACAGGCAGGCGUCAGAGCAGCCAAGGGACACACAGCAGCCAUGGCUGGCGACUACGGCAUGUUCAAGAGCUUGAUGGAGAACGCAGGUGCAAUUGUUGCUGACUCAACAGAACAGUGGAACAAUAUUGUCACAUUGGCAACAUUGUAUCCAUCCCUCAUGACAGAGGCAAAGAAGCACUCAAUCGGUAUCGCAGCACUCACAAACGCUGGCUUCCAGAAGUGCGAAAUAGCUGACCAGAUGAUGGAGAACGGCACAGAGAACAUGCUCCACCUUCCAAAGUGGUCAAAGCAGUCUCUCGAAGUCAUCGAUGGUGUCUACAAGAAGUACAAGAUCGGAGAAGUUGUCGAUGUCGCAGAAGUUCUCGAUGUCACACCAAUCUUCCCAGACAGAGGUUACUACGAGAUCCUUAAGGGUGUUCUCAAGGAUCCACAGUGCGAUAUCGCUGUCUGCGCAUUCGUUCCAGAGACAAACUCAAUGAAGUGCCUCGAGGAAGAGCUCAAGGAUCCAAACUCAAUCCUCCCACUCCUCAAGAAACUCAAGGCAGAAUACCCAACAAAGCCAAUCAUCUGCGCUAUCGAGUCAGGCGGAAAGUAUCGCCCACUCAUCGAAGCACUCAGAAAGGAAGGUAUCGCUUGCUUCGAGAACGUUAACGCCGCUGCUAAAGCAGUUGUUUCAAUUGUCAGAGCAGCUAACAGGUUCAAAUAA